AAUUGUGCUAGAACACUAUUGUUUGCGAGUGAUUUUUUGCUUAAUUACCAACUCGCUUUCAUAGCUCGCGUGUGAAGCGGCCCCACUAUGAACAUUUCUCUGCGUCUUCUCGACUGCUCGGCGGCUCACGCGCAUGCCUUUAUUUGAACGCAGGUGCCGCGCUGUGCGCCCGCGCAACCUCCGCUCAUAAGUUACCUGCCUAUUGCAUCGUUCGCUUGUCGAAUGACUACGCGUACCGUGACGCGAAUAACAAACAGUAAUUCCGACCGCAAUUAUUACUUACCAUAAGUGGAUGGGACGUGCAAACUUGUAAUGGUUAUGUGUCCAAACCGAAUGUAAGAAGCAAACGCGGAGUGACCGUUGUGCAGUGAUGCCGGGACAAGCGGGGAGCCCUUACUGGGCCGCUGUGGACUUCGACAGCGAAGGGGAGGAAGAACUACCGUCCAAUCAUAGAGUUUACUUAGACCCUUGGGAUAACGAAGCUUAUGGUCUAAUCCAGGCUCCGGACGGUCCCGAGUCGAGCCAGGAGAACUUCAACUCGUUCGUCGGCGAGCCUGUCAGUGCUAGUUUUUACUACGUCCCGACCAAAAACUACGACUCUGGUGAGGAGCCCGCGCCGUCGAGGAGAAGCAGUCCUCCUGAGGAGGUAGCACCCGACUACGCGAUAUACGGAAGGAAGUUGUCCAGAGCUGUUGUUCCCGAAUUUCCUCCAGAAAUGGCGAUCUACGCUGAACGACCUAUCAUGCGAGAAAGAAGGCGAUCAAUGUACGUAGAAGAGCCGGUGUACGCGCCUCAUCCGAUGUUGUACGAACCUCUGUACGGCCACCUCCCUCCACCAGGGUACAUGCCUCCGCCUCCACGCUCCCGUAUGUCCCUACCGCAUCACCCUGAAUACGUGAUGGCUGCACUGGGAUAUGGGAAACCUAGGAGGCAUUCCAGAUUGACUGACGCCUAUGAACAUUUUGCUUACGAAAGUUUGGCACCUGAUUAUGAAGACUGGGCCCGGCCAUUCCCGAAGACAGCUCCGGAAAACUUCCAUCUAUCCAGAUACGGACAUCUUCAAAUCGACUACUCUUGCAGCUGGAACUCACUCGACAGGCUUAUUAGGAGUAAAAUGUGAAUAUGUUAAGGGAAGUAGUGACGUAGGUAAGCCAGCACACGUUCUGAAUACGUAAAGCGGUUUAAACAUUUUAUGAAUAGGUUUUGUCAGCGCUUAAACGACGACGAGGUAUAAGUAAAGUUAGAUUUUAAAAUGUUUUGAAAAGAGAUUGUAAGUAUCUAAUUUUCAUGUCUAUAGCUUAUGGAACAGGCCAAAAUACCUUGACUUCUUAAUCUUAGAAGUCCCUUAAACAGCUCAAAGAAGAGAAAAUAAUAAUAGGUAAGUACCUACCUAUAGCUUCUUCAAACACCUUAAAAUUAUUCAAAUAAAAGUUUGUUCAUGUUAAAGAAUCGUUUUUCGCUUUUAUUUCUUUUAUACUUAUUAUAUUACUUACGGCAUAUUUUUUAGUAAUUGAUGAAAGUAUAUUACCUACAGUAGAAAUUUCUAUUAAUGUUGUAUCUUGAUAAUGUUAAGUACUUACAUAAAAUGUGACAUGGAGUUACGUGCUAAGGAAAUAAGUAUAAAAAGGUGCUAUUAUUAUGUUUUUGUAAAUUUAUUGGCCAAAGAUAAAUAAACGGUGUUUUCGUUACAUA